CAUUCGAAUGCAUGUUUAUGCGCCAAAAAAAAACAUUCCUACUAUUUUUGCAAAACAUUUGCAAACAAUUUAAAUAAACAUCUGCCUGUGAAAUAAAAAAAGUUCAGUUGUUUACCUAAAACCUUAUUCUUAUCAAAUUAAAAACUUAAUUCAAAGUCAUCAUUAUGGUUGAACGUAUUGAAGAUUUAAAUUUACCUAACGCUGUCAUUACCCGUCUCAUCAAAGAAGGUUUGCCUGAUAGUGCCAAUGUUUCCAAAGAAGCUAGAGCAGCCAUUGCCCGGGCGGCGUCUGUUUUUGUUAUAUUCCUUACCUCUACUUCAACCGCAUUGGCCCGUAAACAAAAUCAUAAAACAAUUACGGCUACAAAUAUUUUGGAUGCUCUAAAGCAGCUGGAAUUUGAGAGUUUUGUUGAGCCGCUAACGAAGGAUUUGGAAGCCUAUCGCAAGGUGGUGAAAGAUAAAAAAGAUAAAGGUAAGAAGGAUACAAGUGCUACUGAAAAUGGUGAAAAAGAAGCGGAGCCAGAAGCUACGUAAUGAAAGAAUUUAUGGGAGACAAGCUGCUGGUGUAUACAUGAGUAGAACGAGGAACAGAAUUUGUUUAUAUUAAGUUAUAUUGUGUUUAUUUUAUUAAUACAAAUGUUUUGAAUAAACUGUAAUUUUUAUAAAAUUA